AUGUCAUCACGUGGCCUGGCCGUGAUACAUGACUGGGAACUGUGCAUUGUAUCCUUUUCUGAGGCUAGGGUGGAGCACAUUUUUGAUCAGGAGAGGAGAUGCAGAUGUCAGGAAGUGAAUGAGAAGGCUGUCUGGCCAGGGGGUGAGCCACAUGCGAUCUACACUGGGGAGAAUGCCCAAGACCAGUUUGAGUACAAGCUGGAGCAGGCCCUGGAGACUCAGUACAAGUACAUUGUGAUGGAGCCCACACGCAUUGGGGACGAGACUGCCCGCUGGAUCACUGUGGGCAACUGUCUGCACAAGACCACUGUGCUGGCAGGCACUGCUUGCCUCUGCACUCCGCUGACCCUACCCCUGGAGUAUUUCCACUACAUCUCCCUGCCGGCUGGUGUGCUGAGCCUAGCCUGCUGCACCCUCUAUGGGAUCGCUUGGCAGUUUGACCCCUGUUGCAAGUACCAAGUGGAGUAUGAUGCCUACAAACUGUCCCGUCUACCUCUGCACACACUCACCUCCUCCACUCCCGUGGUACUGGUCCGGAAGGACGACCUGCAUAGAAAGAGACUGUACAACACAAUAGAUCAUGCUGCCCUGGCUUACUGCAUAAAGAAGAUUUAUGAACUCUACCUUGUAUGA